AUGGAGCUUUCAAGUAUUUCAGAGUUCAGAUUUGAAACAGAAGAAUUCCUGAAAGGAUUUACACAGCUUAAAAAUUUAAAGACUACUGGUUGUGAAGAGCUGACAUCUUUAUGGAAAAGUAGGAAUAGAUGGCUGAAACAUCACAUUGGCAACUCUCAGUCUCACUUUGUUCAAGAGCUGGUGUCACUUCAACAACUACACAUCAUUGGAUGCUCAACUCUAAUUUCUUUUCCAGAGGUUGAUUUGCCACCUUUUCUUAAACACUUGAAGAUUGAGUCAUGCAGUUCCCUUGUAUAUUUUACUAGAUCUCAUAUGCCCCUAACGCUAAGAAGAAUAGAGAUUGAAGAUUGCUUGGAACUUAUAUCAUUAGUGGAGGGAGAAGCGUCUUCGUCUUCCUCUUCUUCUUGUUUGAUGAAUGAGGAGGCAUCCUCUCUUGAGUACUUGAAGAUAUGGAAGUGUCCAUCUUUGACUUCCUUAUUGGACAGAAGCCAACUGCCCAGGGCACUUGAACAGCUUUACUUAUGGGAUUGUGAACAACUGGAGUCAAUAACUGAUAAGUUCCAGGACAAAACUUGUCUUGAAUGUGUUGAUAUACGGCGUUGUCCAAAUCUUAAAUCAUUACCGGAGUGCCUGUGCUACCUCACCAAUCUUCAAAAGUUAUAUAUUUUUCAGUGUGGAAGUCUAGUUUCCUUCCCUAGAGGAGGGUUGCCAAAUACAGCCUCCAACCUCACAACCAUCUGUAUCUGGGACUUAAAAUUGACAGCCCUCCCUGAAGGCAUGGUCAAGCACAACCCUCAGCUCUCUUCAGAGAUUAACAAUCGCUUACUGUAA